UCAGCCCCCUGUUUGUCUUUGUACUAGGUACCAUGCAGACCCAACCAGAAGGAUAGAAACCAUCCAGGACCAGGCAGGUCAUCCCCAUUCAUAACAAACUCCAGAAACUUCACCAAAAGGGGUUGGGAUUGCUUUUUUCUGCACAACAAAGCCUAACAAUAGGUGAGGAAAACCCCACCAGACAAUCACAAUGUUAUCACAUUCUGCCAUGGUCAAAGAGAGGAAACAACAAGCAUCAGCCAUUAUGAAGGAAAUCCACGGCAAUGAGUCAGAUGGCCUAGACCUUGGAAAGAAAAUCAGCAUCCCCAGAGACAUCAUGGUGGAGGAACUAUCAAUACUCAGCAACAGAGGUGCAAGGCUAUUUAAGAUGCGUCAAAGGAGAUCUGACAAGUACACCUAUGAAAACUAUCAUUAUUUAGCAAAUAAGCAAAGGAAUCGUAGUGAACCUAUGCAGAGUUUUAAAAUGGAAACUAGCAAUGCCGAAGCUGGCCAACAGCAUGCACCAAUGACACCUCCUAAUACACCUGACCCACGGAGCCCACCAAAUCCUGAAAAUAUUGCACCAGGAUAUUCUGGACCACUAAAGGAAAUUCCUCCUGAGAGGUUCAACACUACUUCUGUGCCAAAAUAUUAUCAGUCCCCCUGGAUAGAAGCCAUCAGCAAUGACCCAGAGCUGUUGGAGGCUUUAUACCCUAGACUGUUUAAGCCUGAAGCAAAGCCAGAACUGCCUGACUACAGGAGCUUUAACAGAGUUGCCACUCCAUUUGGUGGUUUUGAGAGGGCAUCAAAGCUGGUUAAAUUCAAGGUACCAGAUUUUAAUCUACUGCUGCUAAAUGAUCCCAGGUUCAUGAUCCUCGCUAACCCUCUUUCUACCAGGAGGUCCUUCAACAGGACUCCUAAGGGAUGGAUGUCAGAGAAUAUUCCCAUAGUGUUCAUCCAGCCUUCGGAUUCCAACACUGUUCCAGAAACGGAUGACCUGUGAAAAGGAAGCUGUUGUUUUAUAUUUGAUACAAAAUGCUAAAAGCUGACUAUAAAAAUCAGCGUGUAAUUAUUUUGACUUUUAAUAGAUGCUCCUUGCAACAACCUCCCUUGGUAGCUGGAGUCUAAUAACUUCUGAUAUAGUAUCCCUUUUAAUGAGUUUAAUUUCAUCUAGAGACCUAAUAUAAAUAAAAUAAUUUGGCAACUAUUCAUUGACACGUUUUUGACUUUUGUCUGUCUAUACAUUUUAUUUUUUUCACUUUUAUUCUUUAAUGAAAACUUAAUGUUGUUUCAGACCUUUGCAUUGCCACAUUAAGAGCAGUUGUGAUAAGGAAAAAAUGACUCUGACAUCAUGGCAUUCCAUGUCUACUCUGGUCCUAGCAAAUCCUCUCGAUACCAUGUCAGAUUUGUUCAAUAUACUGUCAGUACUGCCUGCUUAUUCUGGGAUUUGGAAAUGAAGCUUGGGCUCCAAUCUUGCUCCCUAUGAGGUUAAAGCUCUUCAGUGAGAACAGGCUUAUCACUUACGUUUUUGCUGACUCUUGUAUCACCACCAACAGUAAGUUCAGCUAGACAUGUGUAGAAAGUAUAUAGUAGAUAUAGUUAUAAGAAAGAGAGACUACAGAAUGAUAUGGUGAGGUACAAAGGUUAUACCUACAUGAGUUUGAGGUGGUUCUGUUAUUCACAACUGCAAAGACAUGAAUGAGUGAAGUACUGAUGCCAAACAAAUACUAAUAAAAUGAGCUAGGUCUUUAUAUCAAAUGAAUAUCCUGCUUGAGAAAUCCUUCUCUAGCCCUUCCAUUGCCAUAAUGUAAAUUUGCAUGAGUGGUUUUUCUUUUCUGUCCAGGUUACAGAGUAGGAUUCGGGUUUACUACAGUGUGUAAGAAUUUUCUUGCAUGUUGUACAGUAGUAACCCCCGAUGUAUUAGGAAAAUGAAGGAUUGGGCUGAACAGAAGCUGAUAUGAUUCAGAUUCACACACAAAGCAGAUAAAUGAAAUAAAAAGGUGCCAUUUUUAAUGUCUUUUUUCAGAUUAGAACUUCAUUUUUAAUAAGAGGCAAAACAUCAAUUUAAUAACUGAUUUGUCAUUAAUCUUAUCUUUUGUUUGG